AAAAUAUUAUCCAAAUGUCCGAAACCCUAGUUUUCUUCUCCAAGUGGCUGACCAAAAUUUCCUCGACCGACAAAAAAAUACCAACGGGAGCUCGCCGGAGAAGGCAUCGACGCGGACCAGAAGCGUUUGAAGAAGAAGAGGAGUUUUUUCGCUGAUUUAAUUUCAAUCCGUUCAAUGCUGGCUUUACGUAAUCCGGGAUUUAAUGUCUGAUGGACUUAAAAGUGACAUUUUGGCUGUUUGGCAGUUAAAUCCUACUGCAAACAACCCCUAAUAGUUUGAUCAGCAUCUCUUUCCUUUCUUCUUUUCGUUGAACUUCGCUCAAGAUUGAGCGGUAGGCUCAUUUCUAUGGAAGAGGGCAAGAGAGCCGUGAGUCGCUUGUGCUCCAUCUGCAGUCAGAGGAGACCCGCCCUGAAAAGGCCUAAAACCCUAGAACAGAUAUGUAGAGAGUGCUUUUAUGCUGUAUUUGAGGAGGAGAUUCAUAGAGUUAUCAUGGAAAAUCAUUUGUUCAAGGCUGGCGAGCGGAUUGCGGUUGCUGCUUCUGGCGGUAAAGGUGAAUGCAGAUUCAACAGUUCUGGCUUAUGUCUUAUCGGAGUUAAAUCGUAGGCACGACUAUGGUCUUGAUCUCUUUCUUUUGUCAGUUGAUGAAGGCAUUACUGGUUACAGGGAUGAUUCUCUUGAAACAGUGAAAAGAAAUGAAAUUCAGUAUGGAUUGCCUUUGAAAGUAGUUUCAUACAAGGACUUAUAUGGUUGGACAAUGGAUGAGAUUGUGAAGGUGAUAGGGCUAAAGAACAAUUGUACUUUCUGUGGUGUAUUCAGGCGCCAGGCAUUAGAUAGAGGUGCAGCCUUAUUGAAAGUAGACAAGCUUGUCACUGGUCACAAUGCAGAUGAUAUGGCAGAGACAGUUCUCUUAAACUUAUUGCGUGGCGACAUUGCAAGAUUGAGUAGGUGUACAUUUAUAAUGACUGGUGAAGAUGGACCUAUUCCCAGAUGCAAGCCUUUCAAAUACACUUAUGAGAAGGAGAUUGUUAUGUAUGCUUAUUUCAAAAAACUGGACUACUUCUCCACAGAAUGCAUCUAUUCUCCAAAUGCAUAUCGCGGCUUUGCUCGUGAAUUUAUAAAAGAUUUGGAAAGAAUCAGGCCGCAAGCUAUACUUGAUAUCAUUCGAUCUGGGGAAGAUUUUAGGAUAUCCAGCUCAACUAGAAUGCCAGAUCAGGGGACAUGUGAACGUUGUGGCUACAUCUCCAGCCAGAAAUUAUGCAAAGCUUGUGUCUUGCUUGAGGGGCUAAAUCGAGGUUUGCCAAAGCUGGGGAUAAGCCGUACCAGAGAGGCCAUUAAUGGAAGUGAAAGGCUCCAUAAGACAGGCAGGCUUCCAAAAGCAGAAGCUGAGCGGCCAAUUCUACAAAGCAAACCAUGUGGAAAUCUGGAGUUCUAAUUAUUUCCUCUACUGGAGUUAUGCAGAGUCUGUGUUCGGAUAUCAGACGGAGAGAACCGUUCGAUUUUGCCUUUGUGAACAGUGAAAGUGCGACAGUGAACCAUAUAAGUGCAGUUAACUGUGCUUUUACUGUUCACAGAGACAAACCGGAUAGUUUUCUCCAUCUGAUGUCCGCACAGAAUAAUUUCUCGUGCAUUACAGUCUAGACUAUCUGCUUCUGUUGAAAUGUCUAAAAAUGUGUUUAUCAUUACGGUUCCUCACUUUUAUUUACAUAUUUAUUGAAAAAAGAUGGUUAAAAUAUUUUAUUU